CCUUACACUACAGAGAAGGUGGUGUAUGUAUGCCAGCAAAAUGGGAGGCAGAAAAUCUCCCAACCAUAGGUGCUGGGACUAGACUUGGAUGAUAUGGACACCCUGCUCUUCAGGAUUUUGCUCCACUAAAAAAAGGUUGGAAACUGCAGUGUCCAGAGACAGAACUGUGUGAGAUUUCUGCAGAGCUCCUGAAAUGCUACUGAAAUGAAAAAAAAUGAGAGAAGAGGAGAGACAACAAAUAAUUGAUGGAUGUAAUCAGACCUGUUCUGCUUUCCCAUGGCCACCUCAUGCUCUACUCUCUAGUGUAGCUCUGCCCUGCAGCAUUUCAGUAGCUCCAGCAUUUGGAAUGCAGGCUGUAGGAGGUUCUUCCUCUGCUGGUUCCUUUCCUUCAGCCCCGUCUUGGAAUGAGGCUGUUCCCUGAACAAUGGUCCACCGAGGGUGUAAGGCAGAGUGACUUCCCGGAGCAGGAAAUGCCUGCAACAGUGAUGCCGGGGAGUCCGGUCCAGCUGAACGGCGUCACCCUGGCGUCCGACCACCCGCCCUCCGGGAGCCAGCCGCACCCUUCCUUCCAGAUCCAGCCCACAACCCCGGACCUGGCCCCCUGCCAGCCCCGAGAGACGUGGGGUGGGAAGUAUGAGUUCCUGCUCUCCUGCAUCGGGUACUGCGUGGGGCUGGGCAACGUCUGGCGCUUCCCCUACCUCUGCUACCGCAACGGAGGAGGGGUGUUCCUGAUCCCGUACUUCGUCAUGCUGCUCUUCACCGGCCUGCCCCUCUUCCUGCUGGAGCUGAGCCUCGGCCAGUACGGCGCCGCGGGGCCCAUCACCGUCUGGAAGUGCUGCCCGCUGCUGAAAGGGAUCGGCGUGGGCAUGCUGCUCGUCUCCUCGCUGGUGUCGCUCUACUACAACGUCAUCAUCGCCUGGACCUUCUACUACCUGGGCAUGUCCUUCCAGAGCCCCCUGCCCUGGUCCUGCGCUGCCCCCCGCAACGCCCCCCUCUGCCAGGUCUGCCUCCUUCCUGCCGGGGCGGCCUGCCUGGAGCUCGCCCGUGCACUCCUGCGGGAGCUCAAACUGAAUCGGUGGGGAGUGGCGGAGCUGGUGACCAGCCUGCCCUAUGUCUUGCAGAACACCUCGGGGAACUCCAGUCGGUUCAGUGCCAGCGAGGCCUUCUGGAACGAGCAGGUGCUGGGGGUCACACACAGCUCUGGCCUCGACGACCCGGGCCCGGUGAGGUGGCCGCUCGCAAUAUGUUUGAUGGUUGCCUGGAUCGUCAUCUUCCUGUGCAUGUUAAAAGGCAUCCGCAGCUCGGGCAAGUUCAUCCUCUUCUACAUCUUCCUGGAGAUGUACACCACCCCCCUGCACUACGGCGCCUACACCUACCCCCGCUGGGGCAAGGCCCUGGGCAUCUGCAUGGGCACCGUGACCUGCCUCCAGAUCCCCCUCUGGGCGGGCGUGGCCAUCUACCGGGAGUCGGGGACGCUGACUGAC